UCCCUCGCUUAUUUCUCCUCGGCCGAGUUGCCGAAGCGGUCGUCUGUUACUCGGUGCGUCCGCAUCUCCGCUUUUGCGCCGCGCCGUUUGCACGCACCGGAUUGGCGUCCCAUUGACAAGCGGGCGCCGCUGUGGAUCUGCCUUCGGCAAACUGUGAUCGCUUGUUCAUGACUCCAGCGACUGUGCAUGACUCGGGAUGAGACACCGUAGACAGUGACACCCGCUUCCGUGCUUUUUUCCCGCGUGCUCGUUGGAGCCGCACUUGCUAUCAUCGGAACCGGCGCGGUCUCGUCGUGUUCUACCCUCGCACCAGGGUCACCAACUUGGAUUUGUGGCUAGCUCUUGGUGACUGAUUGCUGCACGGCCAUUCUGAGAGAGCAAGAUCUUGGGAUCAUGGCCAACCUUUCAUGGCCUCCGACAUGGUCGAGGCUGGAGGCCGCAAGGGUGCUGCUGAGGUCCCUCAAGUCAGCCAGCCCGUGCGACCGUCUUCUACAGGCGUGGCCGCCCGGACCCGGCGAGCUCCCGGCAGCGACUAUGCUUGUCGUCGGAGAGGCCGGACAAACACUCUGGGCGAUGGAUAACUUCGACUUGUCUCUCAACAUGCAAGACCAGGGUCAAGAGAGCGCCGCCACUCAGUCAUACCUGGACCAGACAUUUCAUACCCCUAGCUUCGGGGACGAGGAGUUCGAGAUUCCACCCAUCAACCUGCAGAACGUGGGCGGUCCUGCGCAUCCCGACGAGGCAGCCACAGCGGAAGUGGUCUACGGAUCUCAGCCGGGCAUGGCUCCGCAGACGAGCAUGGCGCAAGCCAUGGGCUCCCCUAUGUCGGGCGGAAUGAUGGAGCCACCGCAGCACUCCUAUCCGGGGCCCCAGGGGCCCCCUGACAUGUAUCACCACGCCAUGGGCAUGCCGCCUCCGCCGUCCAUGCAUUUACAAAGUGUUACGUCGUACGAAGGGCCGUACCUGGGCCAGUAUCCAUCUCCGCCGGCGGCGCCGCCGCCGCAAGGUGCUCUCAUGGGCCCACCGAGCAUGCUGCGCGGACCGGCGCCCAGGGCCGGCUCGGCGGGCAGCGGCUCGCCGCCGGGUUCGAACCAUACUUCGCCGGGCCAGGAGACCACCAGCGAGGAUAGUGACGACAGCACGCCGCUGUCGCAGCUGGUUGGAGGCGUGAAGCGGCCUUCUCCUGAGCCGCUCAUGGACAACGGCGGAGGCAAGACCGCCAAGAAAGCCAAGAUGCCCAAGAAGAAGAAGAAGAGGGACCCCAACGAGCCACAAAAGCCCGUGUCGGCGUACGCUCUGUUCUUCCGCGACACCCAAGCAGCCAUCAAGGGCCAGAACCCUAACGCCAGCUUCGGCGAAGUCUCCAAGAUAGUGGCAUCCAUGUGGGACGGCCUUGAAGCAGACCACAAGAACGUGUACAAGAAGAAGACCGAAGCUGCCAAAAAGGAAUACUUGAAGGCCCUUGCUGCCUACCGGGCGAGCCUUGUUUCUAGGGCCGCUGCUGACCACUCGGACACGCUGUACGCGAGUGGGCCUGUCAGUUCGUCAAGUGCAGUGCCCUCACCACCCCAGGGGAGCCUGUCACCCCUGCAGAAGAAGAGUCCGUUGCUGACCUCGCUCAUGGAAGGGGGCUCCCCACAUAAUCAGUACAUGGCCAUGAGCCCGCCCCAGGGCAUGCUUAAUGCACAGCAGCAGGUAUGGUCCAACAUGCAUCCGAUGGCACAGAGCCCCUCCAUGAUGCAGCAGCAGCCACCUCAGCAGACCAUGAUGCAACAGCACUCUCCACCCCAGCAGAUGAUGAUGGCUUCUGCCUCCGUGGCCGCUUCAUCCUACACUGCUGACCUGAUGUCAGCGCCUCCACCCUCGCUGUCCAGCCCAGCUUCCAGUGGUGGGGGCAUGAUGGACCAGCAGGGCCAUAUGCCUGGAGGAGCCUCCCACCAGCGAUGCAUCCGCAACGGCUGCCCCAACCCAGCCAUUGAGUCACAUGACUGGGACCGAGAGUACUGCAGCAGCGAGUGUGUCGUCUCACACUGCAGAGAUGUCUUCACAGCCUGGGUAGCACAACGGCAGGUUGCCAACACCAACACUUUUGUCAAGUAAACUAGGCCCAUGGCACAGAUCCAGAUAACUGUGCUUGACAGCCUCCUAUUUUUUUAAGAGAGAGAUAAAGGGCCACUCUUACCCAGGUCUUGGCAUCUGGUAUCCUUUUUUUUUUAAACAGUUUCCUCAGCUUCAGGCAGCACUUUCUUUUUUGUGUGUGCUGCUGCUUGUUUUGUGUUUUGUUAUGCUUUGUUGCAAUCUGGCCAUGGGAAAGGCUGAUACACUAGUGUGCGGUUUCCUGUGUGUAUAAACAUUUGAUAGUUCUAUGUUUGUAUAAAGUGGUCUCCUAGUAAAUGCAUUCCACAUUGCUGCUACAUUCUGCUGUUGACUGGAGGGAAAGGUCUCCUGCUCCGUUCAGCCACUCUGCUCCCCGACCAAGCUUGGUGCGCGAGUUGAUGGCCAGGUGGCAAGCAGCGAGUGAGACUGCCAUCCCAGUGCUGCAGAGACUGUGGACAGAAAAGUGUGCUUCAUUAUAGCAUUAGCCAGCAGCCUGGGUACCUGUGUGACAGUGCUCCCAUGCAUAGCUGCAAGGAGAAGAGCAAGACAGAGCUGUGCUGCAUGAACUAGAAUUGGAAGUGGCAAUUGGAAGUGCGUGGAGAGACACUUGCACCAUCGCUGUUAUCUGCUCAUACUCGUGUGCAAAGGCUCUUAUUAUCCUGCUGUAACUGCUGCUACCUGUAUAAGGCUGCUGACACCUGCCUGCUUCCUCCUUGUGCUUCCUCCCUUCAUUUCCGCCCCAGCUUCUGCAUUGUUUUUUGUUUGAUGAAGAUGUUGUUUUAUGAAAUCCCAUUUCCUGUGUUCAAACUAAUAAAAAUAAAAAGCCUGUUGUUGAAUAUUCUGUGUGAAAGGUAAAGAUAUGCCUGCCUGUGUAGUCCCCCCCAUUUCCCCCUCUAGUGAGUUGUGUGUCACAUUUAAUGCUGCAAUGUCUAGAUUCAGCCAAAGCUCUCGGCAACAAACCUGGUGGUCAUGAACACACUGCAUCUUGCGUUUAUUUUAACGCAAUUGUGCGCAUACCUUGCUUAACUGCUGUAUCUAGACUUUGUUAUCUUUAGUGCAAGGUGUGAUCCUGGAACUUGUGCAGUACUGCUCUGGGUUGGAGGGAACUACUGCUUGGCAUUACUUCUGCAUCUUGUUCUGCUUGGUUCUUGUUCUUUCACUCUCUGGUUGGUGGGGCUAAGCAGGCAUUUGGUUGCCUGCUUGGCAGCCGCUGCUCUCUCGAGUGUGGUUGCUCAUCCUGCAAUUGCUGUUUCGCUUAGAGGGCUGUCGUCCAUUUCUGUCUUGUCUUUUUGGGAACAUCCUGUAAAAUAUGGUGUACAUAACAGGCACAUCAAUCUGUUACAAAAACCUUAUGUGAAGAUAUGUGGAAUAGCGACUAGCAUUUAAUUUUGUAUAUGAACUGUACAUGCCUAAGUACAUGGAAAUGUUUUAUGGUGUGAAACCUUGCUAGAGCACCUGGGAAGAGGCUAUUAAGCAGGUACCCGCAAUGUGUUUGAUGCGGCUAAGCGUUAAUGCAGUAUCAGGGUUUUGGAGGAAACAAGGAAGAACAAAGUAUUUGAUUUCCUUCUGUGAGGCUUGUUGCUUGUGCCGAUCAAUACUGUGAUCAAGUCUGCUGAUGCUGGCAUGCAAACUUUUCUGCAAGAAAUGGCAAAAGAAUGAAAAGAUUAGCAGCAGUAGGUUUUUAUGGCAUUGCAUUCAGACCACACAAAAAAAGUUUGACAGAUUCACACCUUAGCUAACAAAGUGAAAGUUACAUGAUGCAUUGAGAGUAUUAGUGUUAAGAGUGAGAGCAGUGUUCCAUGAUUACAAAUGUCAGUUCUUGUACUGUUUUAUUUAAUCUAAAUAAAGACAUACUGGAACUCGACAAA